CCCAACAUGAGGCAGCCAAAACACCAACGGGUGCUAGUAGUUCCUCCUCAAUCACGACUUCUCUCCGCACCAUCAUCAACCAAACUGCCAAGACAGAGUCUUUCUCGUAUUCUAACCGCUAAAGCAAGCCACCUCAAAGUCCGGAUUCGCUUUGCCGGCCAAGCACACACGAACAUCACCACGAAUCAUUUGGCAGCUUACCUUACCUUAGCCAGGCCGGGUAAUAUGCUCCUGCCACUAGCUGUCGCCGCUAUUGUCUUGCUCGGGUCGUCCUUCUACGGAGCGCUUCGCUACAAGAGGUUCAAGCAAUAUGCCAUGUUUCCGCAGAUGCCGACGUCCCUUGUCUUGGGACACUUGAAGACAUUUGACCGCUUCAUUCGUACGGGCAAGCCAAACGGUCAUCCAGACCUCGCGUUUGCUGCUAUGAACGAGGCCCUUGGCCGGCCGCCUCUUAUGUUUGUUGAUCUUCGGCCGUUCGGGCCGCCCAUGGUUGUCGUCCGCAGCCACCAGGUCGCCGAGCAGAUAUCCAAAGCUUCCAAGUCCUUUCCUUACAGCCUUCCAAAGAUGGAACAGGUGUACAGUCAUAUGGUCCAUGUGACUGGUCCAACUUCAAUCCUUGGCGCGGACGGCGAAGACUGGAAGGUACUCCGUAGACGUUACAACCCUGGGUUUGCACCGCAGCACCUGAUCACAUUCCUGCCGCGUAUUGUGGAAAAGGCGCUUGUUUUCGUCGACCGCCUCGAGCAGUUCGCACAGGACGACGAGAUUUUCUCACUGGUCUUCCAUUGUGGAAAUCUGACUCUGGAUGUUAUCAGCAGCGUCGUCAUGGACUUUGACUUUGGUGCCCAGGAUAAGGACCAUCCGGGCGAGUUUAUACGCACCUACCAUGAGCUAUUCGAGACCUAUGCCAGGGAACAGAUGGAUCUUCCAUGGUUCUUUACACCGCGCACUGAGUGGAAACGUCGCGGGCUUGCAAAGCGUAUAAAGAGAACGCUUAGAGAGAUCGUCCGUAAUGCAUUCGACAAGCGCCAGACUGACUCCAUCAAAUCCCGGAGCGUUCUCUCGUUGAGUUUGCAAGACAUCGACACGUUAACGCCACGGGCUGUCGAUGAAGCCUGCGACCAACUGAGCACCUUCUUGUUUGCAGGGCACGAUACCACUAGUAUCCUGCUUUCGUGGGUGUUCUACGAGUUGUCUCGUACACCACACGCUCUGAAGGCUCUCCGGGAGGAAUCGGACAGCAUAUUCGGCCCGGGUGAGUGCAUCGUAUUGACAUCAUAUAAGAUGGAAGUAGGUUGACUAAACACUUAGAUCCAAAUCCAUCCGCCGUCCGCGAUAAACUGCUCUCAGACGGCGGUAAAGACCUGUUGCAACGGAUGACCUACACCACAGCCGUAAUCAAGGAAGCUCUCCGUUUAUGGCCUCCAGCCGGCACCGC